UCCGUACGUCGGGGCGUCCGUACGUCGGGGCGUCCGUACGUCGGGUACCACAUCUUGGGGAGAUUCGAGAUACGAACGCGGCGUCUGCCGUUAAGUGAAAUUGAAGUUUGACUUCGAACUGGUGAUGUUGGAGCGGUCUCCACGUUCCGGUGUCUCAUCAGCAGCGUGUGGCUGUGGGGGUGUCGGGUGAUGUUGGAGCGGUCUCCACGUUCCGGUGUCUCAUCAGCAGCGUGUGGCUGUGGGGGUGUCGGGUGAUGUUGGAGCGGUCUCCACGUUCCGGUGUCUCAUCAGCAGCGUGUGGCUGUGGGGGUGUCGGGUGAUGUUGGAGCGGUCUCCACGUUCAAGUGUCUCAUCAGCAGCGUGUGGCUGUGGGGUGUCGGGUGAUGUUGGACCGGUCUCCACGUUCCGGUGUCUCAUCAGCAGUGUUGUAUGUCGGUGUGUCCGGUGAUGUUGGACCGGACUCCACGUUUCAGUGUCUCAUCAGCAGUGUGUGGCUGUGGGGUGUCGGGUGAUGUUGGACCGGUCUCCACGUUCCGGUGUCUCAUCAGCAGUGUUGUAUGUCGGUGUGUCCGGUGAUGUUGGACCGGACUCCACGUUUCAGUGUCUCAUCAGCAGCGUGUGGCUGUGGGGGUGUCGGGUGAUGUCCGAGCGGUCUCCACGUUUCAGUGUCUCAUCAGCAGCGUGUGGCUGUGGGGGUGUCGGGUGAUGUCCGAGCGGUCUCCACGUUUCAGUGUCUCAUCAGCAGCGUGUGGCUGUGGGGGUGUCGGGUGAUGUUGGAGCGGUCUCCACGUUACGGUGUCUCAUCAGCAGCGUGUGGCUGUGGGGGUGUCCGGUGAUGUUGGAGCGGUCUCCACGUUCCGGUGUCUCAUCAGCAGUGUUGUCUGUCGGUGUGUGGGGUUGGUGGGCCGCGUGGAGAGCAGAGCGCCGGCCAUGUGCGUGGGCUGCGUCGUGACGGCGUUCCCCGCCCGGGGCUCCACCUGCCUGGAGACCGGCGCCUUCCUCCUCAACUUCGCCGCCUGUGCCGCCUGCAGGCGCCGCGACACCGUGGACGCCCGCGGCCGGCAGGUGCGGCGGCCCGGGGGCGGUGGCCGCCGGCAGCGCCGCCGUGGGGCGACCGGUGCCGUGACCGCCGGCGGUGGUGGCGGCGGUGGUGGCGGUGAAGGUGGUGGUGAUGGUGGUGGUGGCAGUCGUGGUGAAGGCGUUGGUAGCGUUGUUGGUGUUGAUGGUGGUGGUGGUGGCGUUGAUGGUGGUGGUGAUGGCGGUGGUGGCAGUGGCGGUGGUGGCGAGCGGCGCACGCGAGAGGCGCGGGAGGGAAGCAAUGACGGCGACGGCGACGACGAUGAUGACGACGACGACGAAGACGACGAGGAGGAGGAGGACGACGAUGAGGACGACGACGAUGACGACGAGGAGGAGGAGGUAGUGACGUACGAGCACGUGUGCGCGGCGUGCGGCCACACGGUGGCCACGCACGAGUUCACGUGCGCGCUGUCCGGGGGCUACCGGGCGUACGCCAUGCACUGCCUGCUGUGCGGGCGUGCCGAGCGCGAGGUCAGCGUGAUGCCACACGACCCGCGCUGGGCACUCGCCUCGUUCUGAGGCACGCGGGCGCGCGGAUUGAUGGAGGGGUUGGUGGGCCGAUUGACUGAUUGAUGGGCUGAGUGAUGAACUAAUUGAUGGACUGUUUGAUGAACGAAUUGAUGGUUGCAUGCACUGAUUGAUUAAUGGACGGAUUGAUAUAUAGAUUGAUUUACUGAUUGAUGGGCUGACUGAUAAACUAAUUGAUGGACUGAUUGAUGGGCUGAUUGAUGAACAAAUUGAUGGAUGCAUGCACUGAUUGAUUAAUGGAUGGAUUGAUGGACAGAUUGAUUGACUGAUUGAUGGGCUGUGAUAAACUCAUUGAUGGACUGUUUGAUGAACGAAUUGAUGGUUGCAUGCGCUGAUUGAUUAAUGGACGGAUUGAUGGACAGAUUGAUUGACUGAUUGAUGGGCUGAGUGAUAAACUAAUUGAUGGACUGUUUGAUGAGCAAAUUGAUGAAUGCAUGCACCGAUUGAUUAAUGGAUGGAUUGAUAUAUAGAUUGAUUGACUGAUUGAUGGGCUGACUGAUAAACUAAUUGAUGGACUGAUUGAUGGGCUAAUUGAUGAACAAAUUGAUCGAUGCAUGCACUGAUUGAUUAAUGGAUGGAUUGAUUGACUGAUUGAUGGGCUGAGUGAUAAACUCAUUGAUGGACUGUUUGAUGAACGAAUUGAUGGUUGCAUGUGCUGAUUGAUUAAUGGAUUGAUGGACAGAUUGAUUGACUGAUUGAUGGGCUGAGUGAUAACCUAAUUGAUGGACUGUUUGAUGAACGAAUUGAUGGUUGCAUGCACUGAUUGAUUAAUGGACGGAUUGAUGGACAGAUUGAUUGACUGAUUGAUGGGCUGACUGAUAAGCUAAGUGAUGGACUGAUUGAUGGGCUGAUUGAUGAACAAAUUGAUGGAUGCAUGCACUGAUUGAUUAAUGGAUGGAUUGAUGGAUAGAUUGAUGGGCUGAGUGAUAAACUAAUUGAUGGACUGAUUGAUGGACUGUGAUGAACAAAUUUAUGGAUGCAUGCACUGAUUGAUUAAUGGAUGGAUUGAUGGAUAGAUUGAUUGACUGAUUGAUGGGCUGACUGAUAAACUAAUUUAUGGACUGAAUGAUGGGCUGAUGAACAAAUUGAUGGAUGCAUGCACUGAUUAAUGGACGGAUUGAUGGACAGAUUUAUUGACUGAUUGAUGGGCUGAGUGAUAAACUAAUUGAUGGACUGAUUAAUGGACUGUUUGAUGAACAAAUUUAUGGAUGUAUGUGUAGUGACUCAACCCGGAGACAGUAAUACUUAGAGGCACUUAUUUUUUAUUAACAAACACCAUCGGAGUAACACAACACCCUACGUGGGUGCACACUAUGAUUAUUAUGAAGACCGUCUAUUGUCGGCGGCACUACUAGGUUAGAACAGUUGGUAGGCCGUCUGACUAACAGCGCCCCGGGAUGGUGAAGACGGAGAUGACGACGAGGAGAUGACGACGACGGUGGCCUUGAGCAGCACGACGGGGAUCCCGCUUCCAGCGACAGCCCCCGAGCUCCCGCUCAGGGCCCCCUUUUAUACUCCCAGCGCGGAUUUGCUCCGCCCCGGCCACGCCCCCUUUCUGGAACCUCCUGGCGGGUUCCCGGGGCUCCCCGAUUGGCCCCUUCUAUGAACUUUCCCCGAGAUCUCCCCCUCUCGUAUAUACCGUGGCCUGCUGGCCUGAGUACUUCUGUUCACCGCAGUUCCCCUUUUCCGCCAGCAGCCAGCGCUAUACUCCUACAUAUGCACUGAUUGAUGAAUGGACGGAUUGAUGGACAGAUUGAUUGACCGAUUGAUGGACUGAGUGAUAAACUAAUUGAUGGACUCAUUGAUGGACUGCUUAAUGAACGAAUUGAUGGAUGCAUGCACUGAUUGAUUAAUGGGCAGAUUGAUGGAUGGAUUUAUGGAAUGAUUGAUUGCUGGGUGGAUAGUUGUAUUGAAUGGUGAAUGGAUUGAUGGAUGUGGUUGAUUGACGUGUUUUUGUUAUAGUUUGGUGGUCGUAUUGCCCAAUAAAAUUCGCACUCCUGGGCGCUCAAGGACUGGA